AUGCCGUACCUCAACCGGCGCACUGUCCGGAGUUUGCUCGCCCGCCGGCGUCCUUCGCCGUCGCCUGCGCCCAGUCUCCAAGCAGAAACAUCGCCGCCCGCAUCCUCCUCCGCGCCGACCGAACCUCAAUCCCCUCCCCUAGCCCUGUCCUUUUCUGCGCCUGUCGGCCUCCCAGGUUCCCCUCCACCGUCGAGCCAGACGAGCCUCCGCGCCGUCACCGCAAACGAAGCCUUCCGCUCGCCUGCCGCCUCCGUAUCCGCCAGCAACGACCACAACACCAAUGAUGAGAUUUUUGAUGCUGCCCGCUCGCAAAGCUCUCACUCUCCAGAGCGCCAGGCCCAUGCGCCUGACGCCUCGCAGCAACGGCAGGCCACCGCGUACCUAGAAGCCGGCAUCCCCAUCGCCAGCGACGACCUCCGCGCGCCGCCGACCGUCUUCGCGCCACACCUCAGCGGCCACGUCCCGUCCACCGACUCGCCCCCGUACGAGUUCAACGGCCUCUUCGCCGUGCCUGCCGCGCCGUCCGGGAACCCGCCGGCGACGCCCGGUGCGCCUCCGCUCUACCAGCCGCACGCGCCACCGGCCGAGACGUUUCCGCAGCUCCCCUUUACACCCUUCCAUCGCAAUGCCAUGCUGGCGCGGAGCGAGCAAGUUGAGCACGAGCUUCCCGGUGACGACCGCUUUCCUCACCCACCCGACUCCCGCGUCGUCAACGGAUCCUGGCUCGGCGGGCGCUUCGAGCCCUUCACCGUCGGCGACCGCACCUUCUUCUGCCCCGUGCACCUCCUCCUCCGAUACCCCCACUGGCGCCUCCUCCUCAGCCUCGAGCGUCCCCCCUCCGGCUGCUGGGCCCUCUCCCCCUCCGUCGUCGACCCCGCCGUCUUCGCGCUCAUCCUCGAGGCGCUCGUCUCCCCCGCCGGCUUCGACGGCACCGAGCGCGGCCUCAGCCUCGUCCUCCUCGCGCUCGCCGCGCGCCAGGCCCUCGACUGGGGCAUGCACGCCGAGGUCGCCAAGCUCGUCGCCAGCGCGCGGCGGCUCGUCGCCCGCCGCGUCUUCUACCGCGACCCGCACGCGCCCGACGCCCGCGGCGUCAUGGACCACAACUACUUCGUGCACCGCUCCGAGGACAUCUUCCGCGCCUGGCGCGUGCUGACCCGCAGCCCGCCGGAGCUGCAGCGUUGCCUGCCGCCCGCCGAGAUGGUCUGCCUGUACGCGCUGGCGGUGCCGCGCGACCUGUGGCCGGCGCUGACGGCGGAGUUCCCGGACGAGUUCGCGGCGCUGAUCGACCUCUCGGCGAGGCUGCGCGUGGUCCCGGGGGAGGUGGACUACCAUGACUGGUGGCUGCGCUUCUUUCGUCGCGCCGGAUGCCUCGACUUUGACUGGAUGGCAGACGUGCCGGACCUGCUCGGCAUGUUCUACCGCGGUCAGGAGGAGUCCGCGCGAGACCGUCCGGAAAUGCCGACGGGGGCUCAGGCCGCAGCCGAGGCGACGGAGUAA